CUGUGUUUAGUUAGUUUUUAGUGCAUGCCGUGCUACAAUUUUUUAAAUAAUUGAAAAGAAACAUAAAUAAUGGACAAUGUAAGGGAGUUAAUACAAUUCAUGCAACCCAAUCAGCGGCUAGAUCUUAAAGCAGUGGCACUAACACAUGUUCUAAGUCUGACUGGCAGUGCGGAGGGAAAGGAAGCAAUACUAUCGCUUGAUGAAAUGCUAAUGGCCAUCUUUGGGCUGACCCUCGAUGCCAACGCUACAGUUGCAAAGGAUGCGGUGCUGAGCCUGAUAAACCUGUCAGCAGAGGAAGAGGGAGCCAUCAAAGUGUACGAAUUGGCAAAGCAAGUGCAACCCACCUUUGCCAUUGUCGAUCUCGCUGUCAAGCAGAUCACGGAUGAACAGGCGGACCUGGCAGAUGCCUGGAGUAUGGUGCUGAGUAAUUUAACUCGCGUCGAGUCGCUCGUUCAUGCCGUACUUGACUCUUUGGAGCCAACACUGUCCCAAUUGGCGAAAGCAUUUGCUCAGCUAGACUACAACAAGAAGAAGUGCAAACUCCACUAUUUGGCACCCAUAUUCUGCAAUCUUACUCAAGUGCCGCGCGGUCGGGAGUUGUGCUGCCAGCCAAAGUAUCGGCUGCUGGAGAAGCUGCUGCCCUUUGCCUCGUUCGAGGAGAGCGUGGUUCGUCGUGGCGGCACCAUUGGCAUCCUUAAGAACAUAUGCUUUGAUGCAGUAUAUCAUGAUGUGAUAUUAAAUGAACAGGACGACAUAUUGGUCGCCAUACUACAACCGUUGUGUGGACCCGAAGAGUUCAGUGAUGAGGACAAUGACAAACUACCGAUUGAAUUGCAGUACCUGCCCGAAAGCAAAACCCGCGAAACGGAUCCGGAUCUGCGAAAAAUGCUGCUCGAGUGCCUCCUGCAACUGUGCGCGACUAGACGCUGCCGCGAGGUGCUGCGCGCCAAAGGCGUCUAUGAGGUUCUGCGGGAGUACCACAAAUGGGAGGCCAAGCUGGGUCGUGACAGUGACUGUGUGUUAGCCUGUGAGAAUGUUGUGGAUAUUUUAAUCAAAAAAGAGGAAGAAAUUGGCCUUGACAACUAUAAGACUGUCGAAGUGCCAGCUGAUCAUGCGGAAAAGUUUGUCCAGGAGGAUGCCGACUACGUUAAGAGUCUUUUAGAUUAAGCAACACAUCGUCUCAGACUGUAAAUAAUUAUAUCCUAAGUUAAAGUCAGAAAUCAUAUUGAAUUUUCAAUAUAUGUAUGCAUUUUUUAUUUAGAAAUGUUAAUAGUUUUGUGUGUUUGAUAGAAAAGUUGUACACUCGCAUUUAAAUGCAAAAGAAACAGAAAAUUUUAAUUCAAUUCGAUUAGUUUUAGUAGCUUCGUUUAUCUAGUUAUUCAGUUAUCCGUUUGCGCUUAAUUGUAAAUAUAAACUUCUUAAGUGCUAAAUACAAAUGUUUAGCAAUUGCAAUUGCCAUGAAA